AUGCCUCAAAGUCUCCGUUCCAAGAAUACCACUGCCUGGCUUCACAAGCCGAGACUGACGCCGGAAGCACCCCGCACUCAUGAUGAGUUGACAGCUAAACUCGCCUCAUUGGCUGAGCGGACCACUGCUGAUGAAGACAAGGAAGUUGAUCAUUGUGAACUGGUCGCCAUGAUGCGAGCUAUCGCAGCCUCGGAUAGUGCUCUCUGGUUAGCAGCUCCCUCCAUGCACCUGAAGACAGACGAUACCCCACGAGAGGGCCGGUGGCUAGCCCCUGCAUCUCAGACGAAGACAAGUGAUGCUGUGAGUGAAGUCCCGACUGAGGAUUUGGAUGAGGAGGCUGAUGUCGAGGAGGAAGAAGAGGAGGAGGAGCCAGGGAAUCCAGAAUAUUUUACCGCUGCCACCAGAAAGGCCAAGUUGGCUCAUAUCCUCUCCGAAGAGAUGAGCCCUGAAGCUAUGCUUGAACUGAUUCCGGCCUAUCCUCACCGCCACUCAGCUUUAUCCAGAUGGCUGAAACCGAAAUCCGAGGCGCCUUAA